CAUUAUUGACUAGAGUUUGUCUUGCAAUAUCCUUUUUCCUUUAAAUGACGUUUGCAUUCAUGUAUUCUUUCAUUUGUUACUCACUUCCAUGAUUGAUAUUCUUUAUGUGGAUCAAGUUUAUCAUUCAACUGAUUCAUUGCCUUCUGCUCCGUUCAUGUUUCUUUGUUUAUUGAUUAUUUUAGAAUGAAUUGUGGGUGGAAGGACGAUCUUUGAAAGAUUACACAAGAAAGUUUACCUUUUUCUUAUCUUGGUAAAUGGCCACUGUUUGUUUGUGUAUCUUAUGAAUUGGAGGAAAACUUUUGCUGGGAAAGAAUUCAUUCUUAUUUCAAAUUGAAAACAACACCUUUGUCACUUAAGUACUUCAUCUAAGUUUUCUCAGUAACUAAAUACAUAGGCUUCAAUGUUUUUCAGGUCUAAGGUUGCAAAGUUUUCCACAGGAGAAAACUACAUUCUUGAAUCUAGGAUGUUUUAUUCUGGACGCAUCUCUAUUCUCAUGUUUUCCCCUUUACUGGUUUUACCUUCUGCAAUGGUGCAUUAAUUGUCAGGAUCCUUUCUUAUUUUUAUGCAACAUGUUUCAGAAUUUAAUCCUUGACCCCUUUCAGCCAACUUGUUCUCCUUCACAUUAAAUCUUGGACAAUUAUUGUCAAUUAUUGGUACUUGCUUUAUUUAUAAAAGAAAUUAAUGUGUUUCCUUGUUUAUAGUUUUAUAAUUAACCCCUUUCCCCUAUUUAUUCUUUCCGUUAUAUACCAAAUCCCCUUAUUGUUGCUGUUUCCAUAAAUAGCGUGUCUUCCAUUUAUUUGGGCAUAGGAAAAUAGAUAAAUCAUAGUCUAAUUUUUUUUUUUCUAUGGUUGGUUGAGAUUACGUGGAUCUUACUUUGAAAAAGUGUUUAAAUUUGACCCUGAUGCAUGCACUAUGUGACUACAUAGGCCUAAUUCAUGUCAAUAAUCUAUAUUAAUUUAAGGAAAAAGUAUAAAUCAUGACCAGGUCGCUUUCUCUGAUGUUCAUUUACAAAAAAUUCUUGAGGCUGCUUAUUAUUCAACUAAACUUCAUUCCUUACUAAUACCAGUAAUUAAGGCAACAACAACUUAACUCAUUUAUGUUAAGAAUUCAAAGUUGAAGUUUAAUACGAGUAAAAAAUAAAUAAGAUCGACCAGUAAUGUAUAAGUAAUACCCAUAAACCUAUCUUUGAAUAUUUUGGCUUAGAAGUGGUGUCCUAAUCUUUUAUAUAUACGAGUUUGUUCACAAAUUUAGACCUUAGAAAUGGCUCUUUGACUUCUAUAUGAACAGUAAUUUUUUAUUUUCUUGAUUGGUUUUUCAGGGAGAACAAGAGUUAAGGCAAAAGCUUAUGGAUGCCAGACUUGAACUUGAAACCACAAAGCAUCUCAAGACAGAACUGUUCAAUCGGUUGAAAAUGGCUUACCAAGAGAGGGAUGAAGCAAGGUGUCAGCUAGCUAAACUGAGGAACCAGUUCAUGCCCUCUAGUUCAAACAAUUUGCAAAACAUGUUUGAUAUGCAAAAUAAUUUCACCUUCCCUUCUGCUAUUAGAGCAAGCUCAGGCAUAACAGAAUCUGAUAAUAGUCUCUCACAUGGUUCCCCACAAGUGGAAUUCUUAUUUGACUCUUCUACAGAGGUUACAAACAUCCAUGCAGUUAACCCAUUUGACAAAAUGAGUUAUCUCAAUCAGAAUCCGAUUCAAGACUUCAAUUUUUCAGCACCCCAUGUUUCGAUGAUUCCUUAUAUAAAGCCAGUGUGUGAUCCUGCUGCUGCAGUUAUAGAUCGUCUUGCCAAUGAAAGAGGACAACUUCCUACAUGGGUCAACCCUCCUCCUAUUGAAAAGAUCAAAGUGCCACCUAUAGCCAUAAAAAAGUGUGAUGUCACUAGCAUCAUUAAGCCUAACACUUUUGGAGAAAGUGGAAAUUCACUUCUAAAACCCAGGAUUCCAACUUUACAUCAUUCUUCAAAUGCUCUCUCCACUUGUUCUGCUUCCAUGCUCAACUUAGCUGGUCAAACCACUGGUUCAUGGAACAGCACAUGGCAGUUGAAUUCAACUUCUGGUGUCACUUCCAAGUCCCGUCAAUGAACAACAAAGGCAUUAAAUUUUUUAUCCCUUAGUCUCCUUUUUUCCAAAUAUGUAAAUGGCACACUCAGCUUUUGUUUUGAGUGAAGCAGGAGAGAUAGCCUUUUUUUGUUUUAAUUAAAAUGUUAGAUAGCUCUACAUUUGAAAGUAUAGGAAAAAUUGAAUUUUCGUAUUAUCAAAUGUAUCUUACAUCUUUGUGAUGAUCUGAUAUAUUUUUCUGCCCAUACCCAUCGGAUAGUUGUUUGUCGAAUUCAACUAGAAUGUUAAACUGUUUCCAUCUCUCCUCGUCAUAUUUGUUAAAUAUGUCAACUUUUUGUAACAAUUACUUUAAAAAUGACGUUUGAGAUUAUUUGAUAGGAUACAAGUUUUUACCCAAUUCAAGAAAAUUAAACUUGUUCAUAUUUUAUUUGCUCAAGAUAUUUUAAGUUUACCCUAUUGCAUAUUUAAGAAAAAUAUCAAUUUUUUUAACCUUUGAUAGUAUCUAAGACGAGUUGUCAGCAAUCACAACGGAGAAUCCUUAGUGUCAUCUCCAACUGUACCACUUCGGUUUGAACGGUAUGUGUCUCUAUGUUGGCAUAGUUUCAAACUUCGUUUUCUGCUAUUUUUAUCAAACUCUUAUGUAA